CAAUGAAAUUAACCCAGGAGAUUUCGUCCGUAUGUGCUUUGACAAUAUAUGGCGUAGUGAAAGUUUAGAGGGACUUUCACCUCGUCUGAGACCGCGGAAGAGACAGUGAAAGGUUGUGCCUCACACUGUGAUCUAAUAACAAUAUACCCCGCAACUAUGCACGAUUAGGGCGUUCCUAAAGGUAAAAAGAAGGAGCCUAAACAAACCCUAAUGGCUGAAGGCGAGGCCAGUGGGUGCAGCAAGCGAAAGCUAGGCUCAAACCUAUCUCUUACUGACCACCUGGUCGUUUCGUACGGUCAGGCCCUUGCACAAUGCUGAGACAUUGGAAAGGUGGAAUGGUGUACCUUCAUUUGCUAGAUUCCUGCUCUGACAUCUUCAUGAACUUCACCGUGUUUGUGCCCUCUCCAAUUCUGUCUACUUGUUUUGAAUAUUCUUUCGCCGGACCUAAUGUGACCUUAGCUGUGACUCGAAUGACACUUGACAACCUUUCAUCAUUCACUCUCCUUGUACAUAAAUACUCACUGGCAGCCGCGUACCGACUCCGGUACACUUCUCAGACACGCUCGCCAACCACCAAUUCAUAUACUGAAUAUACCACAAGGAUUCUGAGACAGUCGGACUUCGCGACCUACACAUCAACCCUCCUCUUUCCCGUUAUCGAUAACUCAACAUCGACCCAAUACCUGCUCAAAAUGGGCAGAUCUGCAUGGUAUUGUUGCGUCUGUGGGGUCACUAAUGUGGGAUUGCGCAGGAAGUGUUGGCUAUGUGCACACCGACUAUGUUGGCGAUGUGGUUACCCGGGUCUUUCAGUCGACUGUACGGUUUCCGGAAGCACCAAGCCGGCGCUUCAGUAAGUCAAUAACUGCGACUAGUAAACUAAUUCCUAACAGUGGCUAAUAGAAACCGCUCUACUAACCAAUAAACUGCUGCUGUCAUGGAGUCGUUUCGGCCUCCCAUAGCAGAAACGUAAAACUGGGAGCACGAUCUAUA